AGAUAUAACGAGUGCCAGUGUGUGGCUCAGAUGCUUUUGUUUACAUUCGCUGGUUGCAGAUAGCUCGUGCACUCGUGUGUAUUAAACUACUGGUAAAUGUUUAAUAUGCGCGUGACUUCCAUAUUUUCUUAUUUAAAAUCGGUUAUUGGGUUAGAAGGUGUUUAUAAACCUUGAUGUUGAUGUUUUUGUUAGAAUCGUCGCGGCACCGUCCACUUUCCCUUUUAAAUUAGCGCUAUGUAACGACCCAACGUUAGUUUUUUUGUUUGUUUUAAUAAAUAUAUAUUGUUCAGAUCAAACAGAAAGGUUGGGCGUGUGUGUUGUGGUGUCAAAUGCUUAUCGUUUGUUUGCUUGUUAAAAAUAGGUGAAGGUCCAUAUGACUCCAGUAGUAAGUUACAUGACAAAGAAAAGCAUUUAGGCAGAAGCGAUAUGUUUAUUAUAAUGUAUAAUACUGAUCUAAAAUCUAUUGUGUACUGUAUGCUAGAAAAGGUUCAUUAUUCAAAUUAGAGAUCCAGUGAUCCCACAGGAAAAAUACUGUAGUAUACUUUAGUAGCCUAUUUACUAUAGUAAAAUCCCUAGAUUAUGUAGUGUUUUAACCUUGCGAUAGUAAUUUUGCAGUGUACUACAUUGUUUACUACAGUUUACCAAUUCACUAGAGUUAAUACUACACAAUACGAUAGUUUAAAUUAAGUGUAGUAGUUGCUGUAAUGUACCACAAUGUAAACACUAUAGUAAGUAUAUUACCGUAUUUUUAAUGUGGAAUGUUCCAGGUAACAAUACUUGUUAGCUGCAUUUUGAUUAGGGUACCAUAAGUGUACCCAUUAGGCCAGUGAUCUCUAACAUGGUGCCAACACAGACUUUUGUGAGUUGCCUGCCAAAGCACAUUCUAGCCUCAAUUUUAAUAAUUAUUUACUACAUAUGUUUUAUAUUAUAUUGCUUUUUUGAUUAUUCCAUGUAUGUUAACAUUUGACAAUGAUAAAACAUCAAUAAUUUAAAUAAAAUCAACAAGUAAAAGAAAAAAGUUUUGAGUAGACUAUAUCAAAAAAGUAGCCCUCCAGAUUGUUUUAUCCAUUGUGAUAGCCCUUGCUAACAUAAAGGUUGUAGACACCUGCAUUAGGCCCAUGUAACAUUUAAGCCCACUUUAAACUUUGACGUCAAAUAUAUAAAAAGAGAAAAUCAUAUUUUAUGCUUCUCAUUAUUUUAAGCAAUCCAAUGAUUUGUUACUUUACUGACAUUUUUUUUGCAUGCCGAUUACAUUUGUAAUGUUUCGACCCAUUCAUGUGCACACCUCACACGAAGACACACCAAAACUUUGAUGUUUCCUUCAGAAAUAAACACAUUUCUACAAUUGUCAUUAAUUUCUUUGGUCUAUUCAUUGAAGUUAUGUCAAAUAAGCGAUAUAUGUAUUGGUUUUAUGUGUGAACAAAUAGUACUUUUAUUAACUUGCGCACAAAGCUAACCUCUGAAAGAUAGAUAUAAAAAUAAAGCAUGUGAACUACAAUUACUAAAUGUUUUAUGAAUUAUUUUACAUUCAAUUACAAACAAAUGCAUUAUAAAUUAUUUUGUAGAGCAGAUUUUUAUUCAUAAAUAUAUUUUUUUAAAGAUGGACUUAAAUGCCACUAAACACAUGCAAAGUAUAGCCAACACAAGGUAACCUUGAAUGAAAAAGAAAACAUUUUUAAUGGAGGCACAAUGAAAACAACUAUGAUGCUUAGUCCACAGUAUAUUGUGUGUCUUUGUAAACAUAUCUUCGAUUUGUAAAGAAAAAUGUGAUUAUUUUCUAAGUGAAAGUUUUUAACGAUAACAGAUUUGUGUGCUUUCACCUUACAAACCUUUUUAACAUACCUUACUAACAUCUUAAUAUUAAUUUACAACUAUAUUCAGAUAGGCCUACAAAUUAGCACCAAUAUAUAAUAGAUGUCUGCUAAUGUGUGUCAUUUGUUAGAAAAAAACAGCACAUUAAAAUUGUAGGCAGCAUGUCACUUUUACCCUAAGGGCACAGUAAAAAUUUGUCUAUGCUAGAAAAUGAGUUUGGAGUGGACAGAAAGUCUUUAAAGAAAAUAUUGAAAGCCAAGAAUUGAUGCUCAUCAGGUAUGCAAGACUUGUUGAAUGUUAUUGGUACAGGUGACGGCUGAUGAGUGCUAUUAGUAAAAGAAAUUUUAAAAAUCCUUGUCACUAAAUAAAUAUUAUGAUGUUUUACUUCUUUUAAAAGCAACAUGUUUAUUUUCUGUAAAUCAAUCAUGAUUUGGGCUCACAGGCUUAAAUGGUGCCAAAAAACAAUUAUGCCCAUGCUUACGCUUAACACACAUUUUUAGAUGCAUCAUGUGAACAGCCCCAUUAAAGUUUAUUAAAUAUUAAACCAAGUAAAUAAAAAUCUGUCUGAGGGCUGGAUUAUGUUCUGACAGUAGAUGUGGGCCCAAAGGGACAGCAGUUUGAGACACCUGUUGUAAAAUUUACUCCCAUAACGAAACAGUGCCACCCUAGUGGCAUAAUGCCGCAACUACAGUUACAAAUGACAAUCCACAAUCCAGCCCUUGUUUGUUUUUUCAUAAAGACACAUGAUAAAGGCACCUGUCGAGGGCGACCGCCUCCAAAUUCUCUAUAUAGGAAAAACCCUGAGUGUAUAAAAUCCUCUGAGUGGCUUCUUGUUUUUUAUGUUACGUUUUUAUUUUUUUUACAAUGUGCUCUUUGAUAUCCAAGUUAACCUUCAGUGAGGCAGACAAUGUGCUGCCUUGUCUACUUGCCAAAAUAACAAACAAACACUAGCUGCUGUACAUGGAGUUUCAGGUUCAAGUUGUUGGAACAGAACAGUGUGCCACUUUUUUAACUUGGCAUUGUCUGACCUCUAAAAAUAAAGAGUGAAAGAAGAAUAGCUGAAGGCAAAUUUCACUAUAGUGAGUGGAGUGUUAUGUUUGCUGGCAUUUCGGCUCAGAUACCUGACAUGCUGUGACUUAUAAAUGAUUCAAUUGUUUUUAAUUAUUCUCUUCUCACCUGCUAAUCUAUUAUUUAUAUCGAAAUCAAAUAUGAACUUGUAUCUCAUUAAUGAAUUACGUUGUUAUAUUAAGAAUGUUUCAUGUUUUACAUUUACAUUUGCAUUUGGCAGACUCUUUUAUCCAAAGUGAAAUGCAAUGCAAUACAAGAUACAUUUUAAAUCCGUAUGUGUAUUCCCUGGGUUCAAACCCAUGACCUGUUGCGCUGCAAACACGAUCCUCUACCACUGAGCUAUACUGGAGCACAGACUUAAAAACACAUUAGAAUGUAAAUCAAAAAGGGAAAUAGGUCUGCAGUUUGUCUUUUUUUAGUUUGUAAUCCAUUUCCAGGCCUACCAUGCUUAUCAUACUUUUAAAUGUAUUGUAAACUAAAAAAUUUUGUUCUGAAGAAAUGUGAAUAGUGCUUUCCCAUGCAAAAUGUAUCUUGAGUGGUUGCUUUGCAGUUGCUUAAGUCUCUGGUGCAGUUUCUCUCAUUGCCAUGCGAAAAGCCUCCACCUUCAAUGUCCUGUUUCCGUAGAUAUGGCUGGGCGCUGUCGACAGUGAUAGGCAAACCUCAGGUCUGUCUAAAGAAGCUCUUCACCUGUCACCAUGGGCGGAGCUGUCAGUGCAGGCGAGGACAACGAUGAGUUGAUUGACAACUUGAAGGAAGCCCACUACAUCCGUUCAGAUCUGGUGGAAAAGGCCUUCCGAGCCAUUGACAGAGCUGAAUAUUAUCUAGAGGAGUGUCGUGACAGUGCUUAUAAAGACCUGGCUUGGAGGCAUGGGAACCUCCACCUGUCUGCUCCGUGUAUCUACUCUGAGGUGAUGGAGGCCUUGGACCUGCAGCCUGGUCUGUCUUUUCUUAACCUUGGCAGUGGGACAGGUUAUCUCAGCACCAUGGUUGGCCUAAUACUGGGUCCGUUUGGCGUAAAUCAUGGUGUUGAACUACAUGCCGAUGUUGUUGAAUACGCGUAUCAGAAACUUGACCACUUCAUCAAAACCAGCGACAGCUUUGACAAGUUCGAGUUCUGCGAGCCCACUUUUGUUGUGGGAAACUGUCUGGAGAUCCCACCAGAGAGCAGACAAUAUGACAGGGUUUACUGUGGUGCCGGGGUCCAAAAGGAGUAUGAGAACUACAUGAAGAACCUGUUAAAGGUUGGCGGGAUCUUAGUUCUGCCCUUGGAGGAGAAGUUAACCAAGAUCACCCGCACAGGUCAGAGCACCUGGGAGACCAAGAAAAUCAUUGCUGUGACCUUCGCCCCAUUGGUUCAGCCCAAGCAGAAUCUCAAUGGCAGACCUAAAAGCGCUGUUUUACCCAUUUUUGAAGUGAGGACAUUGCAGGACCUCUCCCGGAUUGCCAUCCGGCGCACCCUGCGUCAGCCCAUAUCCAUGGGGGAAGGACGUACAAAGAGACGCGUCUCAUUCCCGGGGGCUCGAGCUAUGCACCGCUACGGCCCCCGGUUCGAACGUCGCCGCUUCUGUCGGCGUUUCUACAGGCAGUGCGUCAACUCUGUGGUCCUCCACGACUCCAUGAUUCCCACCGCCAUGGACGACUGCAACUACCCAGGAGGAGUGGAGGAGGAGGAAGAUGAGGUGGAGGAAGAAGAGGAAAGAGGUUGUCGCAGGGUGAGAGAAGACCUGCCCGAGGAGGACGAGGAGGGAGGCAACGAAGAUGAGAAAAGCACAGGCGGGGCGGCCCGUGCCGAGCCUCCUGUUAAUCUUCUGAGAGAGAGGAUUCUGAGACUCCCCUUACCUGAGCCGCUGAAGAUGUAUCUGCUGUAUUAUAGGGAGAAAUGAGACGUGGUGAAAUCUAAUAGGUGCUGUGUAGUGCUAAGGCGAUUAGACACAAAAGAAAAGGCGUUUCUUCUUCUUAAACCUCUCGAACUGUAUUAGCAUGACAAUGAAGUUCCCAUUUAAUGACAUCACGAUACCCCAUCCUUAUGCCACUGGAUUCAAAAUGUACAGAAACGGAACUGAAAAACGCAUCGCCCGUAUAAUUUCAGCGUUCCCCUCUAUUGAGAUGAUCAUGCUUACAGAUGUCCCUUAACACUUCGUCCCUGUGGGAAUUGCAUUGGUUUGUGUGGGAGGUGAGCUUGUUGUGCGGAGCUCUUAUAGAGUAGCAUCACUUUGGGAUGUUGUAUAGAUUGAUAUUAUGGACCAAAGGGUUGAAUAUUUUUUGAUAGCUUUACACAAGACCCUAAAGUUGUUGGCCCUUAAACUGUUUAAUUCUUACCUUCCCACUUCUCUGAAAAGAAUGAACAGCAUCUGCAUGUCUACUGCUGUUCUUCACUCACAGUCUUCAGUAUUUGAGUUUGUGCUUGAGCGUGUCGUAUUACAUAGGCUGAUAUAUCAUUUUUGGGCCCAGUUAUCAAAUGUUGCCAGCCCUCAUAUUGAUACAGAGACAUUGUCAUAUGACAAAAUAACCCUAAUUCUGUUGUAAAGAUCGUAUGGGAUGAAAAUAAUUUUUAGUAAAACUCUAUUUAUUCAUAAGUUACCACAAACUUUUAAUAGAUUUUGUUAGAAACAUAGAGUACUUUAGUCUUUUCACUACAAAUUCAAAAUCAUAAUUUGUUCAUUGCUCAAUCAACGGCCCUGCUCAGGAAUAUUUAGUUAAAAAAAGACCAAAACAUAAAAUGAACUUUAUAUUAUUUGACCAAAAAAUAGCAAAAUAUUUUUUGUACAUCACCAAGCAGAUGAAAAAAGAACGGUUGGAUUUUGAAAUAACAGGAUCUAAUUUCUACAUGAAGUUUUGUUUGCAGGUGCUUCUCUUCAUUUCUCUUUGAUAUUAAUAAUGUUUAGGUAGCUCUUUAAUCCAGGAUAUUAUCAUCAUCUGUGAAUUAUUUUGCUGUAAACUGAAGUACAAGCAUAUCUACCAGGUUUUGCUUUAAAGGACUGUGCUUGUAGGUAAUAGACCUUUCAAUAAAGUUUGAAUUUGCACACUGGAAAAAC